UAUAGUACGUCACCAUUUCCGACGCACGUUACUCGUUAGUUGUUUAGCAAGUAGCAGUGAGCAGUGAAAUCUACACAUCUUCACAUGGCGAAUGGAUGCAAAGACGUGUUGUUUACACGCGGAACUGGACAGAGUGAUGAUUCGGAUAUAUGGGAUGACACAGCAUUGAUAAAAGCUUAUGACAAGGCAGUUGCAUCAUUCAAGACUGCCCUCAAGGGUGAAGAUGAGCCACAAGCUGCAUCCUCUGAGAAAAAUCAUCCAGGAAAGAAACGCAAAAACAACAAAAAGAACCAGAGUAGGAAACGAACCAAUGCACCACCGGAUAAAGAGUGGCAGGUUGGGGACUCGUGCAGUGCAUACUGGUCAGAGGAUGGCCAGCUCUAUGCAGCCACCAUCUCGUCCAUAGAUGAGAAGAGAGGCACUUGUGUAGUUGUGUUUACGGGAUACGGCAACGAGGAGGAGCAGAACCUUGAAGACUUGCUUUCAGAGAUUUCCGAGGGUGAUGAGGAGACAAAUACAAAGGAGGCAGAGUCGUCAACAGAGGAGAGCGACAGGUCAACUACACCAAACCAACACAAACAGCAACCUCACAGUAAACCCCAGAAGUCCAAGGCUCACAGAGAACCUCCUCCUAUGUGGGGUCCCGGCUUCCCUGGGUUUCCUCCGGGCCCACCUCCCAUGCAUGCUUUCAGACCGGGUGGAAGCAGACGAUCUGGUGGUGGUCACGGGCCUGUACCUCCAUCCUGGCCUCCCAUGAUGCCUUUUGGCCCACCAAUGAUCCCUCCACCUCCACCGAUGAGUCCCGACAUGGUGGAUGACGAGGCUCUGGGCAGCGUGCUCAUCUCCUGGUAUAUGAGCGGAUAUCACACGGGAUACUACUUGGGGUUGAAGCAAGGACGCAAAGAAGCCGCCAAUUGGACGAAACUGCACCACAAAUGAAAUGAUCAACACAACGUUUUAUAGUUUCAGUUUUUCAGGGCAUCACUUGGAGCAGCAGCUGCCCGCCUUGUCGUGCCUGAUGUAUGUGUUUUGUUUCAAUGAAAUGUUAUACACUGAAGUGCUUUGUGCUGGGAACAGAACAUUCAUCGGAGUUCAAGGAGGAGAGUUUUGUAUUCUUUGUAAAUAGAUUAAAUAAAGGCUAUCAGAGCACAGUU